AUGGACUAUUACGUUCGAGAAGAAAGGGCUCCUGAGUGUAGCCUGUUCGACGUACCCCUAAUCGGUCCAAAGCGGGACUUCGCAACGGAAGUGGAAUUUCGGCUAGCCAACGCUGCGAAGAUGUACCCUGCUGGUUAUACUGAUCCUUCACGCUAUGCAUAUAGAGCUCCCGUGCAAUACGGGACUCUUCCUCCCGCCUACUGGGAGUACAGGCCACCCAUGACCGUGAACUACCCGCAUGAAGCGAUGACCGAACCUUUGGGCUAUUAUUCAAGUCCUGUGCAGCCCUCUCCCCACCCACAGAGGUGGGCGUAUUACGAACCUAGGAAUUGCAAAAGGCCGAGGCCAGUAGUGCCUCAUGCUGACAUGGCUUUCCCUGGGCCUUUCAGUGGUACCUGGCAAAGUACACUUGGUGGGGUUCCCCAGCCCCCUAUGCAGGCAACAACUGCAGUUCCUUCGCAGUUGGGAAUGCCCGUAGAGACAUGGGGGCAGCCUCAACUUUCUCCUCGUAUUGACGCAGUUGCCCCCAGUGUGUGGCAAACAGUCGAGGUGGUGGGCGUACUACCAUUUUCUGGGCAAGAAAAGAAUCCUGGGCAGAGUCAAGAAAAGGAGACAGUUACGGGGGCCUCCAAUGCGAGCCAAAACGAGCCAAAUAACGAAUCUCCCGGAGCGGUGAAAGAGGUCAAGGUGGCACAGCGAGCCCCCGCCGCCAAGAGGAAACCAGCAGGUGCCAAGAAGGGCCAGCGAGGCCACGCACAACCCCAGCAGCCAGAAGGAGACGAGGCAGUUCGCGAUGACAUGGCCCCUGAAUUAACGAAAGGAUCCGCCUUGGACAAGUACGCAUCGGCAAAUUCCAUUGGCUCCGAACAGCCAGCAGACGAAACAGAGCCCACCGGGCAAGCAGAGAGAGCAAGGGAGCCCCCUGUUCAGGAUGAACAACGGGAAGAUGCGGUUGCAAACGAAAAGGGAGCUUCAUACAAGCUGCAACCCACAGUGGUACAAAAUCAGCAGCAUAAGGUAGAGGCCUUUUCCAUUUGCGACCAGGCAAAUGUUCAGCAGAAAGGUGGCGAAGCAUCGCUCGAAGGAGCCUUUGCAGCUAAGGAGAAGCAAUGCAAGCUUAACAGUGGCAUUCAAAGUCAAUUUGGAGUGGCAAAUGCAAAGGGAGAGAAACCAGAAGCCAUUGCGUUUUUUUCUGUAGGGGUGUCUGCCCCUUCAGUUGGCAGUAGCCUGGGACCAAUGAGUCCUCUGUCUCAGAAAUCGCCAGGAUAUUUCGGCGACAGCCUUGUUGGGCGGGCAGAUGCGUCGGCGGGAGCUACAAGCAGCUGGCCAAUUGGGUAUGUUCCUCCACCGGACGACAAGUACAAGGAGUUGGUGGUGGGCGGCCAGGUGUAUCUGGAAGGAGGGACCUUUUACCUGAGCGAAACUGGAGCUUAUCUUCUGGGGCUGAGGGGCUGA